GAGGUUAUUAUAGAUAACCAACAUAUGUAUGUUUGGUUUUGAAGUGCAUGUUGUUUCCUACUCGUUGGAAUGUUUGUAGAGCUACUGUGUUUCUGCAGUAUUUUAGAUCGUGAAACUGUACUGGGAGACCCCACUUGAAAUUUGUUGCUUUGCUCGGCUUCUACCUUGUCCCUGUGUCCGUAGGUACUUUAGGACGAAAAGGCUUGUUAUGAGGAUAAUCGUUUUUGUCUUCUGUGUCGAAACCCGUCCUCCCUGCUCGUGUCUAAAAAGCCCAGUCUGUUUUGUUGCAUAAAAGAUGACCUUCUUUUCGUGGUUUGCUGAGAAAUGGAAUAAAUUAGUUGAUUUGUCUUGAGACCAUUUUACCUUUAGUGCAUGGUCAGAACUCUGUGUUGGCAAGGAUGCUCUGAACCGCAGGGUUUGUCUGGAUGUAGGGAAACCAGUUAGUCCUGAUUCAUUUUACGAGCUGAGCAGACAGAAGACUUUCUGGAUAAAAGUUCACGUCACAGCUCAGUAAAUCCUGCGAGGUGCUCUCGGCUUCACCCGGAAGUCAUUCCCGUGUGUUUUUUUCUCUUCUGCAUCUGCUUCUAUUUCUCUGGUCCAUGAGGGAAAAAUGUGACAUGCGGACAAUUAAAAUUUCUGGCAAACUAUAUUCCUCCUCUUCUUUUUUUCUUUAUUUUGAAUUUUCCAGAAUGUGGUUUCAUACAGUGAUAGACCUAGUCUUCGAAAUAAAAGAUUUUGUGUGUAUUUAUCUGCCAAACUGCAAGACUUUUUAAAAAAAUCGAGGCGUAAUCAGCAUUAUAUUACUUUCAGCCUUCUCAUCUUUAGGAGAAUGGUUCUUUAUUUUACCAGCUGGGUUGUAUUUUUUUUUUUUAAAUGAUUAUUUAUUUUGAGGGAAAGAGCCUGUGCAUGUGCACAUGGGGGAGGGGCAGGGAGAGAGAGAAUCCCAGGCAGGUCCAUGCUCAGCACAGAGCCCGACACGGGGUUCCAGUCUCACAAGCUGUGAGAUCAUGACCUGAGCCGAAAUCAAGAGUCCGGCGCCCAAUGGACUGAGCCACCCGGGCGCCCCUCCCCUCUUUUUCUCUCUUCUCUUUCACCAGCUUUCACGCACUGGAUAAUUCAUCUGCUGGAUUCUCUGCCCGUUCUUUUUUAAAAGUUUUGUCCCUUUGGGUUUUUUUCUGCCUUUUGGUCUUAAGAUUCAUUCUGCUUCAUCUUCUGAUUUCCUACGGACACGCCAUUUACGGCAGGGUUUACAUUUCUGAGACCUUGUUCCCUUGCUCAGGUGUGAGUGUCCUGGCUCUCUGAGAAUCUCGAUUAGAGUAGUUUUGAAAUUGCCUUCUGCUUCCUACAUUAUAUCUGCUUCCUCCAAGCUCCUUUCCCUUUGUUUUCCCCUCAGGGGGGCUUCCUCAGUUCCUGGUACACGGCCGUCUAUCCGUGCUUAGGGCAAGGCACUCACAGACUCACGGAGGCGCCAGGCCGUGGGCCAGGCUGUGGGCCGACGUGUAGACAGGCCGCCUCACCGCGGGGUCAUCGGCGUCCCCCUGGACUCUUGCUGGGGCACCCGAAAGGGCAGCUGUUCGCACGUGUUCUGUCGCGUGCUGUUCAGUUACUCCACGGGAGGACUUUCCGGGCUCCUGCCCAGCGCAGGUAUUCAGAGAGCAAGUUAGGGGGAGGACACCUCGCAGAGGAGGGACGACCACGAAAACACAGGGCUUGGCUGAAAUGAAGGAAAGCAAGCAGAGGAAAGCGAAGUGUCGCUUCCUAAGACUCUUGCCUCUCGUUUGUGGCUGUAAAACAAAGUGACUGCCGCCCAAGUGGGUCAUUCCCGAACUGAUCGGCCACACCGUCGUCACCGUGUUAAUGCUCAUCUCAUUGCACUGGUUCAUCUUCCUUCUUAACCUGCCCGUUGCCACUUGGAAUAUAUAUCGGUUCAUUAUGGUGCCGAGUGGUAACAUGGGAGUGUUCGACCCGACAGAGAUCCACAAUCGGGGUCAGCUGAAGUCGCACAUGAAGGAAGCCAUGAUCAAGCUUGGUUUCCACUUGCUCUGUUUCUUCAUGUAUCUUUACAGUAUGAUCUUGGCUCUGAUAAACGACUGAGGCUGCGGGCGCCGCGUCCGGAGCCGGCCCACACCACCGUGCGUCGUCGGGGAGCCAGAGACCACAGGGAUCAUCCUGAGAACCGUGACCAUAGCAGUAUAUUUUUUCCUCUUUGAACAAAAUAAAAUAUUUUUGCUGUAUUUUUACCAUAUAAAGUAUUUAAAAAACA